CAGGAAAAUUUUUACAUAUUGGUUUAUCUAUAAUAGGCGUCUCAUGGUAACACGAUUUGGAGUGAAUGAUAAAAAUCAACGACACCCAGUCGUUGUGAUCGAACGAUAAUUGUGUGUCAUAAAAAAAUAUUAACUAAACAAUCAUCAUGAAAUUCUACGGUUUAAUGUUUGUGUUGUGUUUUGCAACUCUUUCCACAUGUCUACCAGUGGACAAAUCCGUAGAAGUUGAGGUUUUCAGCAGUGAAAGCGAAAUUCUGAAGAAGUACCCGCAAGCCAAGCCCGCUGACAAGACCCACAUUGAUGAUGGUAAAGCUACUUAUGAAUUUGGGGAGAGAGUACAAGGCGACAAAUUGAUGGUCGGCGCAACUGAUGUAUACAACGCCCCAACCCGCCAAGAUGUUGCCCUGAAAUUCAACUUCCCCGGAAAAGUACCCUAUUCCGUCACCUACGCCUCUGUCGAAGUCCUACAAGAUUCUGAGGUUGGACAGGCUUUCAUCGUCUCCGGAGGAAUCGGCCAAUCUGAAAUCCAUUUGGCUGUUGUAGCUGACAAAAUUAAGCAAGUCCAAUAUACCUACGAAAUCUACGCCAUUGUCUACGUUUAAAAUCCUUAAAUGACUGAAAUUGUACGCUUAGAUGGUAUUAAUCAUAGAAGUAGGUGAAAUUUAUUCAUAAAUUUCACUCAAAUUAACAUAUUUUGAUAAUAGAUUUAUUAUUAUAAUGAUAAUUUAAAAUUGAUAAAAUUACAUCUUCUAUUUGAUAGAUCAACAAACAUCUAAUGUAUUAUUUUAUGAAUUAACUACUGUAAUUUUUUAACCUUUUGUACUUAAAACAAAAUGAAAUAUAUUAUAUAAAAUGCA